AAAGGAUAAAUGUGUCAAUGUUCUGUAGAAAUAUAAAGGAUAAAAUGGCAAAAUUGUCAUUUAAGAAAGAGCAAACCAAAAAGAUAUUUGAAGUUGCAAAAAGAAGCACAAGUUAGAACUAACAUGUGGCAUCAGUUUCUUCCGUAAUAAGAAUUUUCUUUGAUUUUUCUUUUGCUUCCGUUUUCAAGAAACAACAUAUUAUGUACUAAAACACAGCACUACUCAUUUAUAAAGUCUGUUUAAAGGGUCUGCAAAAGUUGAUGGCUCAAUUCACAGCACAGGGUCGUUUGAAACUGCUAUUUAACAGUGAUGGGAUUCGGUAUAAGCUUAUUGGCAAUGGAUUUGCUGGUGGGUUGAGAUCAUUUCAGCUACAAAAGGGUGGUAAAGCCAGGUACAAUGGUUCAAGCACGAGGCUUUAUGCUUCUUUGAGAAGGAAAUCUGAACUUUUGAAUGCAGAAGCAAGCCUCAAUUCUAUGGAGGAGACUGAUAGUGAUGAGAGUGAAGAUUAUGAUAGUGAGUUUGAAAUAGAUGAAUUAGCUUGCUUUAGAGGCCUUGUUUUGGAUAUCUCUUACAGGCCAGUCAAUGUUGUCUGCUGGAAGCGGGCUAUAUGUUUGGAGUUCAUGGAGAAGGCUGAUGUACUAGAAUAUUAUGAUCAGACUGUAGAUUCCCCUGGUGGAUCCUUCUAUAUACCAGCUGUAUUGAGGGUUCCGCAUCUCUUGCAGGUUGUUAAGAGAAGAAGAAUUAGAAACAACCUUAGUCGUAAGAAUAUAUUAUAUCGGGACAACUAUACUUGUCAGUAUUGCUCAUCUCAUGAGGACUUGACCAUUGAUCAUGUUCAACCGUCUGCACGAGGUGGAGAAUGGACAUGGGAAAAUCUGGUUGCUGCUUGUUCUAAAUGCAACUCAAAGAAAGGUCAAAAAACUCCAGAAGAAGCAAAUAUGAAGCUGCUUAAUGUUCCUAAGGCCCCAAAAGAGUAUGACAUACUUGCAAUACCUCUGACAAGUGAAGCAAUAAUGAUGCUGAGGAUGAGAAAAGGAAUGCCUGACGAGUGGCGUCAAUAUUUGGCAAGGCCAUUCUCAGAAAAAUGAUGUUCUUACCUGCUGAAACUUGUACAUUCUAGUGCUCUUUACAUACACAUAUUAUUUCUUAGGGACAAUUUAUCACCUCAGCGUUUAGGUCAAAAUUGUCGUUUUCUCUCUGAAUUUUAAAAACUUAAACAAUUUCCUG